AUGGCUAAUUACAAAUUAUCAGCAUUUUUAUCUGUUGCUUUAAUAUCCUUGGCAGUAUUUGGUAGCUAUUUAGCUAUUAAUGGAAGAAACUAGAUGUUAGAAAACUCAAGCAAUACCACUACAUUCUCUAAGUGGGCUUAAUGUUAUACCAACCUAAAUGCUACCAGCUGUGAAGAUGUUAAGAAUAACAGCACUGAAUUAGCUUUAUGUUACAGUGCUUCAUAUGGUGUUGGCUAACUCACUUAUGAUGGAUCAAACCAAACUACUAGUGAAUGUCAUAAUUUCCGUCAAUACUUCAAUAAUGCUACAAGCACUGAUUAUAUCAACUUAGGAGAUCACUACUUUAACUGCUUCUUAAGUGGAGAUAUUUUGAAAAUUGCAUAUGAAAGUUAAUAUUAUUAUAACUAGGUCUAUACUCCUAUUUAUAUUACCUGUGCAGGAUAUUGA